GUAUCAAGUGUUGUUUGUUUACCCACUCUCCUUUUAUUAUUACUAGCUCCAGCUUUGCAGGGUUCCGAUUCUGCCAUUUUCCCUGGGCCUGCACCGCCUCUGCGGUUCGGAGAGCUCUGCAGGUCGUGUAGAGGCUUAGUUGGUCUUUGAAGGAAAAGAAUUUCAGGGUUUGUCUGAGAUAAUGGGUUAUAUUGGUGCUCAUGGGGUGGCAGCUCUGCAUAGAUACAAAUAUAGUGGUGUAGAUCAUUCCUACCUCGCUAAAUAUGUUCUCCAGCCGUUCUGGAGUCGCUUUGUUACUCUCUUCCCUUUAUGGAUGCCUCCAAAUAUGAUAACUCUUACUGGGUUCAUGUUUUUACUGGUGUCUGCACUGCUUGGCUAUAUAUACUCACCUCAAUUGGACUCACCUCCACCAAGAUGGGUUCAUUUCGCUCAUGGACUACUUCUGUUUUUAUAUCAGACAUUCGAUGCUGUGGAUGGGAAGCAAGCUAGAAGGACAAAUUCUUCCAGCCCACUGGGGGAGCUGUUUGAUCAUGGAUGUGAUGCGCUUGCUUGUACAUUUGAAUCAUUGGCUUUUGGGAGCACUGCUAUGUGUGGAAGAAGUACUUUUUGGUUCUGGUUAAUAUCUGCAGUUCCAUUUUAUGGUGCAACAUGGGAGCACUAUUUCACAAACACACUCAUAUUGCCAGUUGUCAAUGGACCUACAGAGGGUCUUAUGCUUAUUUACGUCUGUCAUUUUUUUACGGCUGCUGUGGGUGCUGAGUGGUGGGUUCAGCAAUUUGGAAAGUCUAUACCCUUUCUAAACUGGGUGCCUUUUAUUGGUGGAAUUCCUACAUACAGAGCUGUAUUGUUUAUUAUGAUAGCUUUCGGUGUUAUACCAACAGUCACAUUCAAUGUCUGUAACGUUUACAAGGUAGUUAAGUCAAGGAAUGGAAGCAUGUCACUUGCACUGGCAAUGCUUUACCCAUUCGCUGUCCUCUUGGGAGGAGUUUUACUGUGGCAAUAUUUAUCGCCAUCAGACAUCCUUGGAAACUACCCACACUUAGUUAUUAUAGGAACGGGGCUUGCUUUUGGGUUUCUGGUGGGAAGGAUGAUUUUGUCCCACUUAUGUGAUGAACCCAAGGGCUUAAAAACUGGAAUGUGCAUGUCCCUGCUGUAUCUCCCAUUCGCUAUUGCUAAUGCACUUACAUCAAGGCUGAAUGAUGGGGUUCCUUUGGUGGAUGAGAGACUGGUUCUUCUAGGUUAUUGUGCAUUCACAGUGACUCUUUACUUGCACUUUGCGACAUCUGUCAUUCAUGAGAUUACAACCGCCUUGGGAAUAUAUUGUUUCAGGAUAACAAGGAAAGAAGCUUAGAUUUAACAAUGUUUUCCUUUAGUUACUUCAGCGGGAAAGUCUGUCAGAAAAAUGCGGGCAGAAUUUCAGUUUAUAGAAUUUUCCUUCAAUUUUUGACCAAUCAUUGUUUAUGAUGAUCGCUGUAACAGUAAACAACUUUGACUUAAUUGCAAAGGGAAAAAAAAAUUAUAUAGAUUUUCUUAUUUUUGGACAGGAAUACGAAUGACUUGUCAAUUCUUCGACUUGGUUUCAUGUUUUGAAUCACUGA